AAACAAUUAGAUUUUGGUGGUCUAACAAUCUUUAUCACAAUUAAAAAAAAAAAAAAAAAAAGGAAAGGAAUUUAUUUCUCACUUUACCUUAGUUCAUCUUUCCAUUUUUAUCAACCCACAUUAUUCUUCUUCGUCUUCUUCAACAAAUUCUCCACACAUUUUUCCACCAUAACAUUGUUAUUUCCCAUGUCGAAACCUUGGGGUGGCAUCGGCUCAUGGGCCGCAGAAGCUGAGCGAGAAGAAGCCGAGGAGAAGAGAGAUAAAACAACAACAUCAACAACAACAAACCCUCAAACCUUUCCAUCUCUUCAAGAAUCAAUCAAAAAAAAACCCAAGAAGAAAGCCAUACCAUUUUCUGAGUUUGUAUUGUCAACAUCAUCCGGAUCCACUCGUUUAACACACGAUGAAUUGCUUCAGUUACCCACUGCUCCUAAACCUCGUACUUCCGAUGAAGAGUUUAGUGGGUCCCGUUUAGGAGGUGGGUUUUCUAAUUAUGGUGAUGAUCGUAGAUCUUCUCGUCGUGCGUUUGAUGAUGAUCGAAAACCACGACGAGGGGAUUUUGAUUCCAUGCCUCCUCCGCCGUCGCUGGCAGAUGAGGUUGAUAAUUGGGGUUCAAUGAAGAAAAAUAUUUCAAUGGAGACCCGAACUAGCGGCAGUGGUGGUGGUGGUAGUAGGUAUGGGUCAUUGGGUGGUGGGUCUAGGGCUGAUGAAGUUGGUAAUUGGAGCUUUGGGAAGAAAUUAAAUCCGGGUCCGGCUGUGAUGGGUGGGAAUGGUAGUGGAGGAGGGAGAUUGAAUAAUUUUGGAUCAGGGUUUCGUGAUUCGGGUUCAGAUUGGAGGAGAGGAGGAGGAGGGGAUAGGGAAAGUGGGCUUGGGAGACCCAAAUUGGUUUUGGAUCCUCCAACUGGGAGGAAUGGGGAGAAUGGGGAGGAGGGUGUGAAGAAGGUGAAUAAGGCGAACCCUUUUGGGGCGGCAAGGCCUAGAGAGGAAGUAUUGGCUGAGAAAGGGUUGGAUUGGAAGAAAUUGGAUUUGGAGAUUGAGGCUAAGAAAGUGUUGACUGGUAGUGGAAGUAGGCCUACUAGUUCACAGGGUAGUCGGCCAACAAGCUCGCAGAGUAAUCGUUCAGAGAGUGUUGGAGAGGUGAGGAGUAGACCAAAGUUGAAUCCUUUUGGAGAUGCUAAACCUAGGGAGGUUUUGUUGGAAGAAAAGGGUUUGGAUUGGAGGAAAAUCGAUCUUGAUUUGGAUCAUCGCCGUAUUGAUAGGCCGGAGUCUGAGGAAGAAAAACUUUUGAAGGAAGAAAUUGAGAAUCUAAAGAAAGAACUUGAGAAAGAAUCUGGUAAUGAUGUUUCAAUGGAGUCUAAAGGUGAACAAAUAAGUUUACAUGAUCUUAUACAGAGCAAGGAGAGAGAUUUGGAAGCUUUGGUACGGGAUCUUGAUAACAAGUUCCGGUCUGGUCAGAAAGCUGUGGAAAGGCCAAGCUCAAGGCCCAGUUCUGGAGCUGGGAGAUUUACUAUCUUUCCAGAGAGGCCUCCUUCACAGUCUGGAUCUUAUGAUGAUGUCCGGGGUCCAGAAGUAAUGGACAGACCCCAGUCCCGUGGAUCAAGAGAUAUAUGGACAAGACCUGGUGAAGAUAGACGUGGAGGCUUUCAAGGUUACAGAGAUAGAGGAGGUUUCCAAGGUAACAGCUAUAGAGGAGGUUUCCAGGGUAACAGGGAUGGAGGAGGUUUUCAAGGUAACAGAGACAGAGGAGGUUUCCAGGGCGGCAGAGAUAGAGGAGGAUUCCUGGGCAAUAGAGACUUUGAAAGGUCUAGCUCAGGAGACAGAUGGUGAUUCGAAUUUGUUUGAUAUUUUUGUUUCGGAAAAACUAAGUGUGGAUACUUCAGACCUCUCCUUUGACAUUCGGCAAGCAACGGAAAAUAAUAUUUUGUUCAAUUUCUUAAAAUCCGUCAAAUUAUUCUACGGCUAAGCCCUCACAGGCAUUGAUGACUUUUGUUGAUUAACUGUUAAAUUUUGAUAGCUUGUAUAAUUGCCAUUUUUUGUUUGUAUUGAGGCAAGCAUCUUGUGUUUUGUGACUGACUUGUAAUCGGACAUUAUCUUAUACUUGUCAUUCCCUAAAA